UCGGACGGACACAUUUUGCCCAGAGACUGCAUAUUGAGGAGGAGACCUGUGUAUAAACUACUACAUGACAUACCCGGCGUGAACCUUUGUGCUUAUCAAAGCGUGAACUUUGUGGACCCAGCAUCCAUAAAAUAUAAACUUUUCCCUGCAAAAACUCUUCUAAGCUGUGUAAUAAAUCUCGUCUAAAGUUUAAGUUCAUCUUUUCAUUCUCCUGUGCAUAUCCUCCCGUCAGGUGUUAGCAACUCGUGCCAAAGUUAACAUAUCCAUCCCCACAUUUUUCCACGCCAUAAAUAAAUUGAGUCGACUUGCAAGGCCGAUAUUUUAGUUUGGCUUUGUCUCUCCUCUUGAUACAUAGUUGGCUUGAAGCGAAAAAAAGUGAUCAAAUCAGAAAAUGGCUCUCUUGACGCAGGAAAAGAUUGUGAGUAAAAUUGACAAAUUGACCAGUCUGAGUAGCAACUUUCCCUCCUUGAUCCAUGAAGCGGAAGCAAUGUGCAUUAUCAACAGGGUCGAGAAGGAAGUCAUUCUCACGAAAUAUAAAUCCGUCUACGACAAGUUGACAACAUUUUACCUGCUGGCUGCCAGCAAGGGGGUCGACUACUUGGCGAAACUCCCAGAAUUGCUGGAACUCACGGGAAAUGAGUCUGCAGCUCAUUUGCUGACAGAGAAUGAAGAUAUUUCCUUAAAAAAUUCCUCAGAAGAUGAAGAAGAAUCCCCAGCGGUGGUGGAUUUCCAGUGUCAGCAAAUACUCGAUAACUUGGACAAGAUCGUCAGUCAUACGAUAAAUCCGAGUCUGGUACUUUCCUUCGCUACAGGAUUGGAACUAAUUAAUGGAGACGAGAGGGAAAUGCUGGGAAAGCAAUGUCGAUCUGAAGAAGAGCAGUUGGAAGCUUUCUAUGCUUUCGUGGCGUCAAAGGGACCACAAUGUUUGGAAACUUUGAAACAAGUCCUCCAAAUGACAAAUAACCACUGGGCAUUGGAGGUUCUGAACGCGUAUUAAGAACGCGUCAAGAAGAAAAAAGGUGUAGUUGUAGUAAAGUAAGGAUGAGAAAAAAAUUAUGAUGUGAAUCAUGUGAUACUUAUUUUUCUCAUGUUUGUGUACAUAAUACGUAUAUUUUUAUCUCAAAAAUUUCCAGUUUCUCAGAAAUGAUGGUAUGUUUUGUAAAUAAAGUCGAGGAAUAUUUUGAGA